AUGUACAGAUUAGCAUCUAACUCCCUUUGCUCGGCCGCUCGUCUCUACUCAACAGCUGCGCCAGCACCACCCACCAAGAAAAUUGGCGCAUUCAGAGGCGGCUUUGUCGGGUUCCUCUUAGGUGUGUCAGUCGCUGGAACCGCAUCAUACUACUACUUGUUGGAAGAGUACAACAGAAACACGAAAAUUGUUAUGUUGGACGUGAUCAGUUUAAGGGAAUCCUUGGAUGCUUUAGAAAAGCAUAUCAAGAACUUGGAAGAAAAGAAAUAG